AUGGACAGCAGCCGCUGGCCAAAGUGGAUCAGCCCAGUCAAGGCCAUGGAGCUACAGCAACUAUCCAACACCUGGGAGCAGCCUGUCUUCCAGGAGCGGCUCCAGCUGCAGCACAUAGAGGCUCCCCACCGCCAGAUAAAAGCAGGGGACUUCCUAAGGCUACACAUGUCUGACGGAUCAACAGUGUGCACAACAGGCAGGUUUUUGUACAGCCAGUUAAUCAGACUGAAUCACUGUGGUGGACUUUCGGUGGCGGGACCAAACUGGAAGUCGGCAUCUGUAUCACUGUGGUACACUUUCGGUGGCGGCACUAAACUGUCAGUUGGACGUGACACAGUUCCCGUCCUCACAGUCCUGCCCCCCUCCAGUGUGGAGGUGAAGCAGGGGAAAGCCACACUGGUGUGUCUGGCCAACAAGGGCUUCCCGUCAGACUGGACUCUGCGCUGGAAAGUGGACGGUACCAGUAGGAGCUCGGGCGUGGCCGGGAGCACCGGGGUCCUGGGGAAGGACGGCCUGUACAGCUGGAGCAGCUCCCUGACUCUCAGUGCGGACGACUGGAUGAAGGCGGGGUCACUGACCUGUGAGGCCACAAAGGGCUCCCAGGCUGCCCCCCCUCAGACACUGAGGAGAGCUGACUGUGCUGAGUAGGGCGGGUGCAGGCCCAGCUCACACACUCUGAUCACACUGUGUUUACCCUGCUCUGCUCUCAGCCUCUCUGCUCCUUACUGCUGCACACUGAGCUGGGCCUGUGUGUGAAUCCUUCCUCCAGCCUGAGCUGUCACUGCUAAUGUCUCACAUGUGCUCUGCUUGUGCUCCUCAACAAAUAUGCAUACCUGCCUUCUUAUUUGUGUUUGCGUGAUUUUGGCAAUAGCUGUUAGAUAAAAGUCAUUGAAAUAAUAAAGAUUCUUUGAAAAGUUA